ACCAAAUUUUCUCAAAAGCCCUAAAACCCCGCCUGCACACACACACUUACACACACUCAGACGAUAAUGGCGGAGAAGAAAAGAAUGAUAGCGUUAGGGUUCGAGGGUUCCGCCAACAAAAUCGGCGUCGGAGUCGUGACAUUAGACGGCAGCAUUCUGUCAAAUCCACGUCACACCUACAUCACUCCGCCGGGGCAAGGGUUUCUCCCUAGAGAAACCGCCCAACACCACCUUGAGCAUGUGCUGCCGCUCGUCAAAUCGGCGCUGGAGGAGGCGAAGAUUACGCCCGACGAGGUCGACUGCCUCUGCUACACCAAGGGCCCAGGCAUGGGCGCCCCACUCCAGGUAUCGGCUAUAGUGAUUCGAAUCCUAUCGCAACUUUGGAAGAAGCCAAUUGUUGCUGUUAAUCACUGUGUAGCACAUAUUGAAAUGGGGAGAAUAGUAACUGGGGCUGAUGAUCCAGUUGUGUUGUAUGUUAGUGGUGGGAAUACUCAAGUUAUUGCAUACAGCGAGGGCAGGUACCGUAUUUUCGGUGAGACAAUAGAUAUUGCAGUUGGAAAUUGCUUGGACAGAUUUGCUCGGGUUCUCAUGCUCUCUAAUAAUCCCAGCCCUGGAUAUAAUAUCGAGCAGCUUGCUAAGAAAGGAGAAAAGUUUAUAGACCUUCCCUACGCUGUGAAAGGAAUGGAUGUUUCUUUUAGUGGGAUAUUGAGCUACAUCGAAACUACAGCCGAAGAGAAACUCAAAAAUAACGAAUGUACCCCUGCAGAUUUGUGUUACUCCCUGCAGGAAACUCUGUUUGCAAUGCUUGUGGAAAUUACAGAGCGAGCAAUGGCACAUUGUGACACGAAGGAUGUGCUAAUUGUGGGUGGUGUUGGAUGCAACGAACGCUUACAGGAGAUGAUGCGCGUAAUGUGUUCUGAGAGGGGUGGGAACUUAUUUGCAACUGACGAUCGGUACUGUGUCGAUAAUGGGGCAAUGAUUGCUUAUACAGGGCUCCUUGCUUAUGCUCAUGGGAUAUCAACUCCACUCGAGGAUUCCACUUUUACGCAACGAUUUAGAACUGAUGAGGUAUUGGCUGUAUGGAGAGGCAAGGAACAUUCUGCAAUGAAUGUCGAUGGAAUAAAAAGCGGCUGAAAAGGGUCAAUCGGGGAGGCUAUUCGGAAGUGUUGAAGAUCCAAUCUUUGACAUAAUCUCAAUGAAGGUUGCUGUGUAUUAGGAUUUGUUUUUCUUCAUGUAAUGUAGUAUCUAUUGGAUAAAGUGUAUUUCUAUUUUUUAAGCAUGAUUAUUGUGUUGAUAAUAUUAUCAGCUACUGAUUGAUUAGUGAAUUCUAGCCUCGGUUGGGUAUUGAUGGGAUUGAUUAGAUUAAUUGAGUUCGAUUGUGUUACAUUGUUCGUGGUAAUGUAAUAUGUUACGAAA